AUGACAGACAAUAUAGAUGACGACGAAGCACUCUUCGAUGAUAUCUACGAAGACGAUUCGAAGUCGGAGGUGAAAGCUGGAGAGAAGAAAAAUGAAAAUGAAGAGAAGAAGCCUGACGAAAAGCCGGGCAGUGGAAACAGUGGCAUUAAUAGUAAUAACAACGAAGAUGAUUUGGGAACCGGCAAACCUUCAGAAAUGCCGGCGGCUCGCACUGUGCCUUCUGCAGGCGAGCCUACGAAUAAUGGAAAGGGUGGGAUGGAGCAGUCGUAUGCACAGCCACAAACGGCACAGCCACAAAUGCCUUCAGAAGUUUCGCAAAUGCCCUCACAGGUUUCACAGAUGCCACAAAUGCAACCCCAGUACACAUCCCAACACCAAUCGCAGCUCCCCGCCCAGCGUGUUCCAGACGGGUACAAUUCUAAAGGCGAGCCCGUUUUUCACGACAAAGUGAAGGCAGAGCUGGACGGAAAAGAGGAAGGAAAGAUGUUUAUUGGAGGAUUAACAUGGGAGACAGACGAAGAGUCGCUGGGCAAAUAUUUCGGGCAGUUCGGAGAGGUGACAGAAUUGCAUAUCAUGCGGGAUACAGCCACCGGUAGAUCGAGGGGAUUUGCAUUUCUCACUUUUAAAGAUAGCAAAAGUGUUGACGAGGUGUUGAAGCAAAAGCACGUGCUAGACGGGAAGCUGAUCGACCCGAAAAGGGCAAUUCCGCGCGAGGAGCAAGACAAGACGGGAAAAAUUUUUGUGGGGGGAAUUGCGCCCGAUGUGACCCAUCAAGAAUUCACUGAUUACUUCAAGCAGUUUGGCGAUAUUAUCGACUCGCAGCUUAUGCUAGACAAGGAUACGGGGAAGUCGCGCGGAUACGGGUUCGUGACGUACGACAGCGCAGACGCGGUGGCCCGGGUGACCCGCAACAAGUACGUGAUGUUCCACGGGCGGCAGAUGGAGAUCAAGAAGGCGGAGCCGCGGAACCAGCAGAGGAAGCCCCACGGGGGAUUCGGCAGCUACGGGGGAGCGGCGCCGGGCUACACGCCGGUUGCAGCCGGCCAGCAGAUGGUCAACCCGUACAUGCAGAUGGCGGGCGGGUACUACGGCCAGGGGAACAUGGCGCAGUACUGGCAGCAGAUGCAGCAGAUGCAGCAGUACUGGAUGAGGAUGCAGCAGAUGCAGCAGGCCGGGGGUGGCACUGGCGCAGGGCAAAUGGCGCAGCCCACGGGGCUGCCUGAGGCACCUGCUGCGGAGGGCACCGUGCGGGACCCAUCCCCGGUGGGCGAAGCGGGCAGUGCAGGCGCGGCGCGCACGGACGACGAGGACGACGAGGUUCCGAACCCGCAGGAGCGCCCGCAGCCCAGGUUGCCCUCGGGCCCGCGGAACUUUCGCGGGGCCAGCCGCCGCAGGGCCGGCCGCGGGAGUAGCCACCACCACUCGGGCGGUGGUCGCGGCAGAAACGCCGGCGGCUACCACCCAUACAGGCGCUGA